GGUAAAUGUGCCCCCCCGGUGCGAUGUAGUUUUAAUGCCAGAAAGAGUUCGGGGAUGGGUUUCUUGGCUACAUGGCCGACUGAUUUGAAUAAGCCUGUGAUGUUUGCGUCUUGGUUUCAUUCAGUGGGCGGAUGCAUUGUGUAGACUAGUGUGAAUGUUGCGAUUUAGCUCAGAAACUCCAAUGUUAAUGUUCAGGGUGCAGUGAAAGACACUGUUCUCAUCCAAGGACCAAAAGGAUACGUCGAUUACUGUAAACAUAUUUUGGACUCAGGUGGAAUCUGUCGGCUUUUGGAUUUUGAAAGGCUGUUCGGGAAAUGCAUUUUGAGUAAUUCUGUUACAUUCUCUGCUAAGUAAAAAGGAGUCAGUGUACUGGGAUCUCUGAUGCCGUUAUCGUCUGAGGAUUAUGUUCUGUUGCAGCUGGGAUUCGAUCUAUAAAAAGGCAUUAAGGGAAAAUAUGCCACAAACACCACCAUUUGUAGCUAUGUUCUCCACCAGUGGUUAUAACCGGAAUUUAUACCAAACAAAUGAGGACAGCUAUGGGGGUCUAUAUUACCACGACAACAACCUUGUGUCAGGAUCUGUAGAGGCCCUAAUUCAACUUUUAGUUCCUAAUGUGGAUUACUACCCUGAUAGAACAUACAUAUUUACUUUCCUGCUCAGCUCCCGGCUUUUCAUUCAUCCCUAUGAGCUUCUGGCCAAGGUGUGCCACUUGUGCAUUGAGCAGCAGAGACUUUGUGAUCCUGGUGCUGACAAGAUCAGGUUAAGAAAAAUUGCUCCUAAAGUUCUCCAGUUGCUGACAGAAUGGACAGAUACAUUUCCCUAUGACUUUAGAGAUGAAAGGAUAAUGAGGAGUCUGAAGGAACUGACCCACAGACUGUUAACUGGAGAUGAGAUUUACCGUAAGGCUGUCCAGCAGAUGACACAGUCUCUCAUUCGGAAACUGACUACACUAAGCCAAUACGAAGAGGUGCUGUUGAAAAUAAAUGCCACUGUUCCAGAUAGGCUGACUGUGCUCAAAACCAAACCUCAGUCUAUACAGAGAGACAUUGUGACAGUAUGUAGCGACCCUUAUACGUUAGCACAGCAACUUACCCACAUAGAGCUGGAGAGACUGAGUUAUAUAGGUCCUGAAGAAUUUGUGCAGGCAUUUGUGAAUAAAGAUCCCCUAGACAACGAGAAGAGCUGCUUCAAUGAUCACAAGAAGACCAGAAACCUGGAAGCAUAUGUUGAGUGGUUUAACAGACUUAGCUAUCUGGUAGCUACAGAAAUUUGCAUGCCUGUGAAGAAGAAACACAGAGCAAGAGUCAUUGAAUACUUUAUUGAUGUUGCACGGGAGUGUUUUAAUAUUGGCAACUUUAACUCUUUGAUGGCCAUUAUAUCUGGCAUGAACAUGAGCCCAGUCUCUCGACUCAAGAAGACCUGGGGCAAAGUUAAGACAGCCAAAUUUGAUAUUCUCGAGCAUCAAAUGGAUCCAUCGAGUAAUUUCUACAAUUACAGAACUGCACUGCGUGGGGCAACCCAGAGAUCCUUAACAGCACACAGCAGCAGAGAAAAGAUUGUUAUUCCAUUCUUCAGCUUAUUAAUCAAGGAUAUCUACUUUUUAAAUGAAGGCUGUGCUAACCGACUCCCCAAUGGACACAUCAAUUUUGAAAAAUUCUGGGAGCUUGCUAAGCAAGUGAGUGAGUUUAUGACAUGGAAGCAAGUGGAGUGUCCCUUUGAGAGAGAUCGCAAGAUCCUUCAGUAUCUCCUUACAGCACCAGUGUUCAAUGAAGAUGCACUCUACUUGGCCUCAUACGAGAGUGAGGGUCCUGAGAACCACAUUGAAAAGGAAAGAUGGAAAUCUCUGAGGUCUUCUCUACUUAAUAGAGUAUAAGUACUGAAGAACAAGAUAGUGGACUAUGGAGUAACAGGUUUUAUGGUUGCCAUUAAAUGACGGAAUCCAAUGUUUGUAUGAGAUAAAAGUAUUCUCAUGUGAAGGGAAUGACAAUCUGUACUUUGCUGACAUGGACCACAUUGUUCACCAACAGAGAAACUGUAAAAGACAGCUAACUUUUUGCUCUAUUGAUAAUGAUAUUUCAGGAAACAUUUCUUCUUUUUUAUGAAUUUGUAACCUUUUUCUAAACAAUGAACUAGCAAGGAUAAUACUGAAGAAGAUGCUUACCUUCCUUCUUCAUUUAAAUAAUGGUCUGCAAGGUGACAUCAUCAUCUGAACGAUCUUCAGGAAUCAACCAUUAGGUUAAGAUGAGGUCAUUCCAUAAAGCAUUAAGGGACAUGGAUUCUUUACAGAUACCAUCAAUACAAUUUUAAAUUUUAUUUUUGUUUUGAAUUACUUAUGGGUUUGCUGCUGGCUGGCUAACUCAGUUAUUUGAAAACUAUUGUUUUGGGACUGGUGUUGAAUAUAUGGGAUAAAGAAGUGUUUAAAUACCUUAACUGGAAUACAACUAAUUAAAUUAAGGUUAAUAAUGUUAUUUGCAAGUUUGUUUUUAAUAUAUAUAUAUACUUUUGUACUUGUAAAUAUAAUUAAUUAUUAUGUUAUUCUUACCCAUAGUGGUUAAGCACAUUCUGAUCAUGUUUUUUUGAUUAAAUGUUCUCUGUUAACUGCACAAAGUGCAUUUAUUUUAAAAAAAGAUGUCAUUUUUUGUGACUAAUAUAUUCCUUUACGAUACAGUAAAGCAUUUCAAGUAUCACUUUGGCAUGUGAUCACGAAGAUGACCCACCUGUACAUGUGAAGAUACUGUUUGUGAUUAGUUUUGCAUUCUGUCAUUUUAAAUGUAUUACAAGGGCAUUGAAGUUCAUUUAGCUUCAGGCACUUAUAAUUGUCCACUAUGUGUGAUUAAAAACCUUUAGGAAUCACAUAAAAUCUCAUUUAAACCCAGUUUCAGUCUGCUUAAAGAGGAUGUCAGUCUCAAUUUCUCAGACCAGUUAUUGAAUCUCAGUAAAAAAUUAAUUCAUUUAAAGUAUGAAAAAUAUUUCGAAUUGAGCACAAAAUCAUGAGCUUUGUAAAAGUACCGCAAGUCAACAUUUUAUUGAAAACUCCUGGUCUUGCAACAGGCGAUUGUUCCCACGAAUUGUGACGUGAAGCUGCCCUUACUGCUCACUAGUCACUGUAAUAACUAAUAUAAUGCCAUCUAUGAGUGUAUUAAGUACAGGUUGUGCGGCAGAUAUUUCACCGCAGAAAGUUUCCAAUGUGAUCUGCAUGCAGUUAACAAGUCAGUUCCAUUUAUAAGCUAAACCGUCUCAAAAUCAAGAGUAAUAUUUCUAUUGUAUUAAAAGACAUGUAUUCACAAGCCAGCUUGUUUAUAAUGUAAUAGGGCUGCUUCACGUCACUAGAAGUUUUGUUGCCUCAUUCUGAAUGUGGUGCUGCGCAUAUCUGGACAUUUUAUCUCUUUUGUGAAGUAAACUAGGUUUUACAUUUUACUUUUAUUGUGGUUUCAAAUGCACAUAUCAAUGCUAAAUCCUUCUAACCCCAAAAUCUAAAAAUAGCAAUGUGGUUCCCCUUUAAGAAUGAGGUUGUGUAGCUCACUGGUUUCAAAAGUUCAUGACAAGUGGUUACCUGUAUGAGGUCUAUCUAUUUUUAUGUUGUUGAGAUACACAAAAUAUUAAUUUAUGAUGUGAUGCAUCUUUGUACGUCUUACAUAAUGACUCUUCAGCGUUUGCAUUUACAGUAUAUUCAGAGAUGGCGUUGCUAAGGUUUGGGGAUUUUAAUGAGAUCUUUUUGGUUGCUUUUUUAUGGACAAUGUUAUUUAUUUAUAUUAUUAUUCCCUAUGUAGAAGUCCCCUGUGUUAUCUAUUACAUUUAUUUUAAUCUUUUGAAUUUGUAAGAGGUACACAACAUUCUUAGAUAAUAAUGACUUUUUUGUUCAACUUAUUUAAAAAAAUAAAACUUAGUAAGUGGUUAUAAUUUUAGGGUACUUGAAAUUGUUAAUUUUUUUACUCUUGUCAAGUUUACAAUGCCCUUACGUUUUUCUCACAACAGGUCAAAUGAUAAAUUAUGGCUUAAUGUGUAAAUAAUUUAUCCCUUUUUUCUGUCCACGCUAGUAUAUGGCAUAAAACAAGUGUUUAUAAUUUAUGUAGCUGCAGAAACUUUGUAAAUAAAAAUAAAGGAUGUUGAAUAUGAAAUUUAAUGAUGA